UUUAACAUUUAGAAGACUUUCUGUUUUUUUGCAUCCAUGGUGACAGAUUUGACAAUAGCGAGCUGUGGCAACAAAACUAGACUGAAUGGUUGAAUACAGUGUGACGUGCUUGGAAGUGCCAACUGCUGAUUCAUCUCACACACACACACACACACACACACACACACACACACACACACACACACACAAAGAGAGAGAGAAAGAGACAGAGGGAGUGAGAGCAAGAUCAUGUUCAUGUGUCAACUAGCAACCGCAGUCACUACCCAGUGUCAUUUAUCACCCUCCUGUCCUCCUCCAGCCUCUCUCCCCACACACACCACUUUCACCCAGUAUGGCCAAGCUGCUGCCUCUUCACCCUGGCUUGGGACAACUGGUCAUUGGCCCUCGGCCCCACACGGCUCUGGGCACUACCGCACAUUCCUUCGCAAAGAGACAGACAGGUGGCGGACAACGGCAAACAUGGGUCCACACAGACAGAACCCAUCCAGGGGGGCGACUCACCCUGGAGCAGGUGGAGCCUCUGAUCCACAGCAGACUGGCGAACAUCAAGUUGGCCUUCGUGGCAGCGGACCCUGAUGGUACGGGGCUGGUGAGCAGAGAGGAGUUCAGACGGGUCCUGAGGGUCCUGCUGUCUCUCAGCCAGAACCAGCUUGACACUGUCCUCAACGAGGUGUGUGAGAGGGGCGGUGAAACUGUGGACUACGCGUGGUUUCUGAGGAGGUUCAGUCGAGCUCCUGCUGCCCACAGAGCCUGCAGCAGCGUGAGGCGUGGUCCACGGAACACCUCCAUGUCCCUUUCUGAGAUACAGAAGCAUCUCAAAGAUAAGAUCGGAGGCAACCUGAGGGCCGUGAUCAGAGUGUUCAACCUGUUUGACUACAACAGAGAAGGACACAUCCAGCAGCACGAGUUCCGCCGCAUCCUGGACAACUGUUGCAUCCACCUGACAGACAAGGAGUUUCAGAGGCUGUGGAAUCACUACAGUCCCAAUAACAGCUCCACCAUUUCCUACGAACUGUUCCUGGACAAGCUAGGCUUUGAUGACAACCAUAACUUCAAGAUUGCUCCAGUCUGCACUAAGAUGGAAAUGUGCAGCCGCGGCACAACGCCACCUGAGAAAGUUAAACGGAGGAAGCAGAGAACAGAAUCUCGUUCCAGUCUACACGAUGGUCCAUCAGUCCUGCGUCCCAGGGAGCUGCAGAUUCUCUUCUACGACAAGAUGUGUGUGAAUUCUACCCCGGUGUGGCAAGCGCUGCAGGCCUUUGACACCACCAACUCUGGCCUGGUAAAACAGGAUGUCCUCAGGGCCAUUCUCAGCAGCUUCAUAUUUCCCAUGAACCCUCACUCCUUCCAGAAGCUGACCAACCAUUAUGGCGUGAGGGCAACAGGGCCAGUGAGGUGGAAACACUUCUUGGGCCACUUCAAGAGCCCGGUCAAAGACGAGGGGGACCCAAAUCUUCCCACUGACAGGGCUUUGGAGCAGCCUGUCCUAGAAGAAGAACACUUGGAUGUCCAGGACGUCCACCCCAGAUUGAAAGAGAUUUCCCACCUGCUGGGCACGAAGGAGGCAGGUUGGCUCAACAGAGCAGACCUGCGACAUUUGCUGGAGAGACCAGGUGGGACCCAGGCCCAGACCCAGUCCCAGAUCACAGAGUUGCACAAUGCACUGGACCCAGAACACACCGGGGUCAUCCAGCUGGCCAGCCUGGAGAAGCUCAACCCCAGCAUAACCUCUGCUCCACCACCACCACCCUCUCCGGCAAACACUGCUGAGACCCUGGGUGUCCCUGAGGUAACUGAACACACUGCUUAUUUAACCUUUUGCUAG